AUGGAAUUCGAUGGGAAUAACGAACUCGAUGACGAGUCUCAUGAUUCAUAUGCCAGUGAUGAUACGAGCGAGAGUGAUCUCGAUUUCGAUUAUGAUGAACUCGUCGAUAACUUAGAUGAGGUCGAACUUUCUGAUGAAGAUUUGGAUGUAAAUGCGGAGGAUCCGAAUUCAAUGAAUGAAAGUUAUAUUACACACUGUGGUUUUACUUCAAUCUCUCUCAAACAGCUAACUCCAGUUUCAGUCUUUAGAAAGUUUUUUGAUGAAGAAAUUUUAAAGCUAAUUACUGAUCAAACAAAUAUUUAUGGUAAAGGAAAGAAACAAAGUAAAAAUCAGAAAAAAACAGUAACUGGAAGGAUGUGA